AUGCUACGGACUUGCCUGAAAUCAAAAAGAUGUUCUCAGGUUUCAGCUAUUGAUACAGCAAAGUUGCGUGCGGAGGGAAAGAAUUAUCGUAACCAGAGGAGGAGUGAUGCUAUUACAAACUCAAAUCUGUUUUAUAAAUAUUUAGAAAAGGAAGGCGAUAACCUUUCCUUCACCACUCGCCAAAUGUUCUCGCGAGUGGUACCAUUUCGUAAACUCGCCCUACACCAAAUCAAAAUGGCUCGUACACCAAUUCAGCAAGACGCAUGCGUUAUAAGGUUAGGAGAGCCAUUCAUAAAUCCCACCGUUGUCCGGGACCUACUUGCCCAAAAGACAAACAUAAGCCGUUACGCGAUACAAAAACUGAAGGCCGGCUUCGAACAACGGGAUACUCAUUCUAACGAACAGUCAGAGGAUGAACAUCACCAUCGACGAUUACAGAGUCACCAAUAA